GUUGGCGAAUAGUGUUAUCCGGCGGCGUAUUGUUCUUGAACAAAACUCAACUUCUACAAAUAAAUUCACGUCUGCCAGAGGCCAUACGAGGCGGCGGUUCGUUGACCUCCGUCUUUGGUCGACCUUCGUCUUUUAACUGUUUGUUAUUUGACGGCCAGAGUCGGACAAAGAUCGACCCAGAUUGACAGUGGAGGCGGACGUCGUUAUUAGCCGACAGUAGCUCACUCGUCCCCACCGGCUGCUCAGCGCUGCAUGUGCGGCAAUAACAUGUCAGUGCCUUUACCUGCCAUCGUGCCUGCUGCCCGGAAAGCCACUGCAGCGGUGAUAUUUCUGCAUGGCCUUGGUGAUACUGGACAUGGUUGGGCAGAAGGUUUCGCAGGCAUCAGGUCACCACAUGUGAAAUACAUCUGUCCACACGCUCCCACCAUGCCCGUUACUCUGAACAUGAGAAUGUCCAUGCCUUCUUGGUUUGAUAUCUCCGGGUUGAGCCCAGAUGCCAAUGAAGAUGAGGCUGGUAUUAAAAGAGCAUCGGAGAACAUUAAAGCCUUGAUUGACCAAGAAGUGAAAAAUGGAAUACCGUCACACAGAAUUCUCCUCGGGGGAUUUUCACAGGGCGGAGCGUUGUCUCUCUACACGGCUUUGACGACUCAGCAGAAGCUGGCUGGAGUCAUCGCUCUGAGCUGCUGGCUUCCCCUCCGCAAUUCCUUCCCUCAGGCAUCUGCCAGCAGUGUUAACAAGGACAUGCAUGUCUUCCAGUGCCACGGGGACGCCGACCCCCUGGUGCCCUUUAUGUUCGGCAGACAGACAGCGGAGAAGUUGAAAAGCCUCAUCGCUCCGGCCAACGUCACCUUCAAGUCGUACCGGGGUCUACCUCACAGCGCCUGUCCCGAGGAAAUGGUGGAUAUCAAACGAUUCAUAGAGAAGCGGCUUCCUCCCAUCGCCGAUGAAUGAACUCGGGAGCAGCCGCUCAACCGCACGCCGGCGUCAGAGUCCUCUGGGCGUGACUGUGUGGACUCCAGGAACCGCUGACUUACUUGACAAUAAAACUGCGCUGCUACUUGUAGAGCCAGACAGGACGGGGGCUUCGUGUUCACCCAAACAAUAAACACUGUUGUAUCCUGACCUGGAGCCACACACACACACACACACCCCAGUGUUAGAGUAACAUUAGCUGCUUGAUUGUAAAGCUACUUCCCAUUGAGACGAGUCUUUUCCGACAGGAAACAUAGUUAUUGGAAUAACUAGGGCGAUACUUUAUGGUUUAAUACCUGCUAUCUCACAAUAAAUGGCCUGUUGUUUAAUGCC